UGUCCACAGUGACUCUAUUUAUACAACAAAGUAUCUCUCUUUUUUUCUAUCGGUCGGAACAGUGAUGUGAAUACAAUAUAAUUCCCGGAAUCCACCGCUUCCUGGAAUAGAUUAAAAGAGGCAAACAAAAGAUUAGUCAGUGCUCAUUACAGCGAGUGGCAGCCACGGGACAGGUCGUGUCUCCUGAGCUCCGGAAUCCUCUCACUGUCUCCAUCCAGGACUGGCUGACGGUGCUGAGCCACUGGCCUGGGCCGGACGCCUGAGUUCUCCGGGACCAAGAAGGAAGGAGAUCGGACAGCCCUUCUCAGCUUCUCGCCGCUGGCUGCGUGAAUCCUUAGAGCCCUGGUCCUUUCCUCAGAGCCGGCUUUAGGGAGGAGGCCACAGAACCAGGAGCUCCGGCUAGCCCUGAGCCCCCAGAGCAGCCCCUAGUCCUCUGCGGACGCCUGGCUGAAGUUCGAGUGACUGAGCCCGAGGCUUGGACGCGGCUAACAGUUGUCCGGGCUGUUUUCGGAGCGCCGAAAGCGCAGCCUCUUUUUCCGCCAUCCAUCCCUCGCUCCGGUCCAGGACAGACUAGUGGGAGAGAGAAAGGACACAGGGGGAGACCGCGGCUGGCCUCCCUGAAGCCCGACGGGACAUGAUCUUCUGCAUCCACGGACCCCAUCCUUUACUGGAAGAAGAGAAGAUUGGCAGGUUGACACUAACUGGGCUAACGGAAUUGCCAGAGCCAGUCAUGCAGCCCCUAUCUGUGACCUCCUUCCAAGAAGAGGAAGAGACACCAGCCCUGAUGGAAAAUGAGUUGCCUCAAGUUCGAGACCCCGAGGAAGACUUGUUAUGCAUUGCCAAGACAUUCACCUAUCUGCGGGAAUCUGGUUGGUACUGGGGAUCUCUCACAGCGGGUGAGGCCAAGCAGCACCUUCAAAAGAUGCCUGAGGGUACCUUCCUGGUACGGGACAGCACCCAUCCCAGCUAUCUGUUCACACUCUCCGUCAAGACCAACAGGGGCCCCACCAAUGUCCGAAUAGAAUACGCCGACAGCAAGUUCCGGCUGGAUUCAAACUGUCUGUCCAAGCCACGGAUUUUGGCCUUCCCGGAUGUGGUCAGCCUCAUCCAGCAUUAUGUCACAUCUUGUACAACUGAUGGCAAGAACGACACCCCCUACCCGCCCCCUGCCUCACUGCUGCCCACCCACAAGGACGCCGUUCCCACCACAGCAGCAGUGGCAGCUGUCCACCUGAAACUCAUCCAGCCCUUUGUCCGUAAGAACAGUGCCCCAAGUCUCCAGCACUUAUGUCGGCUCACCAUCAAUAAGCUCACUUCUGAGGUUGACCAGCUGCCCCUGCCUAAGCGGAUAGGGGACUAUCUCAGGCAGUACCCUUUCCAGCUCUGAGGCAGAACCUGCUGUUCAUCCAUCCUGGCAGACUUGGGAAGAUCAGGAAGCCACCUCAUCAUUUGUCCUUUUACAGAAACCCCAUCCAACAAGACACAGACCUCACAAGUCCAACCAGUGUGGCUUCUGGUCACUACCUUUUGGGGAUUGGGGAUGCUUCUUUCCCUCUUCUCCUUCCCUAAUUUCUGCCCAUCUCUGUGGGGAGCAAGGUGCUUGGUCUGUGUCUGCAGACCUGGGGACCCAAGAACAGGAUGCUAAUAACUAUGCCUGAAGUUCCUGGGGGCCAGACCAGGGCCAUAGGACUGGGAUCCUGCCUCUAUUUAUUUUCCUGGCCACACUGGGGAGAGAACUUGGCUGUGUCCUAUUCCUCUUCUGCUGUGUCAGGAUGUGGGACCAUCCCAAACUCAGACUUGGGUUCCCUUCCGACUUAUUUACAUAUGUGCCAACUACCUGAAGCUGAUGGUCUUGGCUCCUUUUCUGCCUUGGGCAACAACCACCUAUGCCCAGCCUUCUCCAAAGACAGGCAGCCAAGCCUGCUUACCACACACCACCCCCAGUGAACACUAACUGACUGGUCAAGCUUGCCAAUGGACAUUUCUCAUUGGGAAAGACACAGCAGAAAUUCUCUUUUCUUCCCUUGCCAUCCUUUUCCUUCUGGGGGAUCCCAUGACUCUCACACCCUUCAGUAAAGUUUGGGAAAGAGGGAAAGUUGGGAAGCCACAAGAGAGAAGUAGAGGGGCCUUUUGGCCUGAGGCCAAAGGUGACCCAGCAGUUUUUCAGUAUUUAUUUAUUUAUUUUGUUUGUUUGUUUGUUUUUGAUUCAAUAAUGCUUGAGCAGGGCCUAGAUUCAGCAAGCUGGCCUCAGCCUGUUUUAGGUGCCUGCUCCUCUGAUCUUCAGGGCUCUCCAAGGUGUCCCACAGAUCUAUUUCUUAUUGGUUUUCUCUGAUGUGGCAAAGUCCUUUCCCCUAGAUGAAGUCUAACCAAAUCAGUGCCAGUAAAUGAAGCUCCUCCCCCACCAUGAGCACCAGCUCCUCAUCUCCCUAUCCCUCUGGAGGGUGUCUUCCCCAUGGGAAUAGAAGGCUUUUACCUCCACGGAUCUGAAUUCAGUUCAGGCUGAGGGCCCUGCUUCCAUUCUGGCCCUCCCACCUGAAUCUCAGAAGAAAUUUUGCAUACUCCCAUGCAGUGCCCAGGUACUUUCUGGGGCCUCUGAGGCUGGAGUGGCAAGCUGUCUUCUUGCACAUUGCUGAACAGGUUGCUUGAGGGGCAGGGGCUUU